GUUCCGACGGCCUCUUUCAUGCGCUGAGGGCGCCCGGCUGGGCCGGACCGGCGGCCGGAGGGGAGGCUCCUCUCCAUGGUCCAGAAGACCAGCAUGUCCCGGAGCCCUUACCCACCCUCCCAGGAGAUCCCCAUGGAGGUGUUCGACCCCAGCCCGCAGGGCAAAUACAGCAAGAGGAAAGGGCGGUUCAAAAGGUCGGAUGGGAGCACGUCCUCGGAUACCACGUCCAACAGUUUUGUCCGCCAGGGCUCGGCGGAGUCCUACACCAGCCGACCCUCGGACUCUGACGUGUCUCUGGAGGAGGACCGGGAAGCCCUAAGGAAGGAGGCAGAGCGCCAGGCAUUAGCCCAGCUUGAGAAAGCCAAGACCAAGCCGGUGGCGUUUGCUGUGCGGACAAAUGUCGGCUAUAACCCAUCUCCUGGGGAUGAGGUGCCAGUGCAGGGAGUGGCCAUCACCUUCGAGCCCAAGGACUUCCUGCACAUCAAAGAGAAAUAUAAUAACGACUGGUGGAUUGGACGACUGGUGAAGGAGGGCUGUGAGGUUGGCUUCAUCCCCAGCCCCGUCAAGCUGGACAGCCUGCGCCUCCUGCAGGAACAGAAGCUGCGCCAGAACCGCCUCAGCUCCAGCAAAUCAGGUGACAACUCCAGUUCCAGCCUAGGAGACGUGGUGACUGGCACCCGCCGCCCCACGCCCCCUGCCAGUGCCAAACAGAAGCAGAAGUCGACAGAGCAUGUGCCCCCCUAUGACGUGGUACCUUCCAUGAGACCCAUCGUCCUGGUGGGACCGUCGCUCAAGGGCUACGAGGUUACAGACAUGAUGCAGAAAGCUUUAUUUGACUUCUUGAAGCAUCGAUUUGAUGGCAGGAUCUCCAUCACUCGUGUGACAGCGGACAUUUCGCUGGCUAAGCGCUCGGUCCUCAACAACCCCAGCAAACACAUCAUCAUUGAGCGCUCCAACACACGCUCUAGCCUGGCUGAGGUUCAGAGCGAGAUCGAGCGAAUCUUCGAGCUGGCCCGGACCCUUCAGUUGGUCGCUUUGGAUGCUGACACCAUCAACCACCCAGCCCAGCUCUCCAAGACCUCACUGGCCCCCAUCAUUGUUUACAUUAAGAUCACCUCUCCAAAGGUACUUCAGAGGCUCAUCAAGUCCCGAGGGAAGUCUCAAUCCAAACACCUCAAUGUCCAAAUAGCGGCCUCAGAGAAGCUGGCACAGUGCCCCCCCGAAAUGUUUGACAUCAUCCUGGACGAGAACCAAUUGGAGGAUGCCUGCGAGCACUUGGCCGAAUAUUUGGAAGCCUAUUGGAAGGCCACACACCCGCCCAGCAGCACUCCGCCCAAUCCGCUGCUGAACCGUACCAUGGCUACUGCAGCUCUGGCCGCCAGCCCUGCCCCUGUCUCCAACCUCCAGGGACCCUACCUUCCUUCCGGGGACCAGUCGCUGGAGCGGGCCACCGGGGAGCACGCCAGCGUGCACGAGUACCCCGGGGAGCUGGGCCAGCCCCCAGGCCUUUACCCCAGCAGCCACCCUCCAGGCCGGGCAGGCACCCUGCGGGCACUGUCUCGGCAAGACACGUUUGAUGCCGACACUCCUGGCAACCGAAACUCUGCCUACACGGAGCUGGGAGACUCAUGUGUGGACAUGGAAACGGACCCCUCAGAGGGCCCAGGGCUUGGAGACCCUGCAGGGGGCAGCACCCCACCGGCCCGGCAGGGAUCCUGGGAGGAUGAGGAAGAAGACUAUGAAGAGGAGCUGACCGACAACCGGAACCGCGGCCGGAAUAAGGCCCGCUACUGCGCCGAGGGUGGGGGUCCCGUUUUGGGGCGCAACAAGAAUGAGCUGGAAGGCUGGGGGCGAGGUGUCUACAUCCGCUGAGAGACAGAGGCCACGCGGUGGGGGGUGGGGAAGGGCUCUGAGCCCUGGGGAGGUACGGGACCCAGGGGCUCACCACCGGGGGUGUAUCUUUCCUCCAGGGGGCGCUGUCUCCCUCUCAGAUGCCUUCACCGGAUGUUUGGGGUUUCUUUUGCGGUAGCAUCCUAGCUCCCAGGAUUCCCUUAAAGCCUGGUUGUAGGUUUUCACCUCCCUGGUGUGGAUGGAUGGGGGGAUGCCCACCUUUCCGCAGUGUCUCCUUUCCCCCGCUUCAGGGGGCUCUCUCCCUUCACUCCCAGAGAAAAGGUGCACUUCCUUAACUCUUUCUACUUGGGGCUCUAUAUGGGGGUCCUAAAUGGGGUAGCCCUUUCUUUCCCCAACCUGGAGUAUUUGGGAGGGGUGAAGGGGCUUUUCCUGGAGAGGGAGAGCAUAGACUCCUUCUCAUGAGGGCUGUCUUCCCCAAACCCCAGAUCCAGGGUCCCUCCCCGUGCCCACCUCUCUCCCAGCUUCCUGGCACCGUUGUCUGGUGGGUGAAAGGUAGAGAAUGGAAGCCCCAUGGGGAGCUUGUCUUGGGGAGUUGUCUGGGUAGAGAGUGCAGGCAUCAAAUGUCCUGACCUCUGCUGGAGCCCGACCCAGACCCCUGAAGAGCGGGCAGCCAGAGACCCUGCUACCCACCCCUCCACAUCCAUGCCUCGGCCUUCGCCCACCCCAGGAAUGAGCUUUGCCUACAACCUCCCUUGCCUACUGCCAUCAGAAGAGGAGGCCCCUCUGUGUCUGAGCCCCCCACCCCGUUUCAUCUGGGUAUGGCACCCGUGGAACACUAGUCCGCCUCAUUUUGAAACCAAAAAACUCCUUCACUAUCACCCGGAGGCCCCGGGGGAGAGGCCCUGCAGGUUGGUGCCCAAGAGGUGAUCACCACCCCAGGGGUCAUCUUGGGACCUCGGAUCUCCCCUGGGGGGCUUGGCUGCUGCUGCUGUUCUAUUUGCCUCUUGUGAUCCUGUCCUAUACCCAGGUCCACUCCCCCCAGGAGAGGCCUUGGUAUCCCCCCGGCCUCCCAAGUGUUCCUCAGCCUAGCAUCCCUCCAGCCCAGCAGCCCCGCCCCUCCCCAGCACCCAGCUGGGCCAGAGAGAGCCGAUUGUGCCAACGAGGACUGGGCCCUGCCCAGCUGCCCGCCUCAGGGAUGGGCCCCUCACGCCUGUCUCGCCACCUCCUGUGCCAAUGUUGUCCCACCCCCCCACUGGGGGUGGGGUGCAGCUUCCACUCACUGGUUAGAAGACACCACUGCCCAACCUUCCUCCCUCCCUGUCUGAUGUCCUGUGCCCUCAUCUGUCUGUCUGUCCAUCUGUACUCCCCUAGAAGUAUUUGGCCACAUAUAAAACCGCCGUCAUGUCCUUUGCA